AUGGUCAGUCAAGGCAUCCCGAAUCUCAAUGGGGAAUCUGUUGUUCAGCCACAAUUAAUCAGUCUUGGCAGCACUGGAUUUACAUUCAAGAUAAAUCGAUUCAUUGUCGCCAAGAGGGCUCGUCCAGGUCGGGCAGAAAAGCUUGCAAUUGAACAGAGUAUCUUCGCCAUGUUCAAUCAACGCCCUCCAUCGCCAUACAUUAUUCGCAGCUUCUACCACAUUGAUGAAGUGAUAUUUUUGGAAGCAGCUGAACAAGCAAAUCUCCAGUCACUGCUACGACAAGGUCAAAUUCGAGACUCAUCGCACCAUAAAGUGCUGCAAGUCACCAAGUUACAGCCUCUUGAACAUUGCUUCAUAUGGAUGAAGCAGAUAAUUUCCGCCUGCAGCUGGAUGGAAAAACUUGGGCUGACCCAUUGUGAUAUCCGUCCAGGCAACGUUCUGCUGUUUCAUUCGGGCCUGGUAAAGUUGGCGGAUUUCGACCGCACCAUCAAAGUGAGCGACGACCUCUUGGCUGGAACAGAGCCUUUCGCAAGGCUCCUUGGGCCAGAAGGUGGUGAAGAUCGUGGAACUUACGGGCAGGCUGGUGCUCGAACCGAGCAAUUUGCCCUGGGGUCGGUCUUUUACUGUCUAACAAGAGGGUUGGAGCCCUAUGAAGAAGAAUGGCAUGGACGGGAUAAUGGUCUUAUCCGGAUGAAGAAGCUUCAGGACAUGCAUUUUCCACCUAUCGGAAAUUUGAGAUGCGAUGACAUAAUUAGCAAAUGCUGGCACGGGCAGUAUGAAUCCAUUGCCCAUCUCCUUGCUGAUAUCACUGCUUCAGACGAGGACAGCUGGGAAGUUGAGCCCGACGAAGACCUCUCACGAAUCAACGAAAUGGAGAAUGAGUGCAAAAGGCUUGUUGAAGGCGGCAUUUUGGAACAGUUGGUGCCUAAGGAGAUGCGGCAAUGA